GCCCGCCGUCAUGAAGAUCAUACUUGUAGUUCUGUUGGCUGUCGCAGUGGCAGCAGAGCAGAAGAGGGAAGCUGAGCCCCACUAUGGCUACGCUGGAUACUACGGCUUCCCCUACUACUCAUACGGCUACAACUAUGGAGUCCCUGCUCAUGCACAUGUAGGCAAACGUGAAGCCGAACCGCAUUACGGACACUAUGCAGGCUACGGUUAUAGGCGUGGACACCUGUAUGCCCCUCACGCCCACUCCUACGUCUACACCCACGGCAUCGGCAAGAGGGAGGCUGAGGCUGAUCCUGACCCUCAUUAUAGAGGCUACGGAUACCCUUACAGAUACCUCUAUGUCCCACAUGCCCACUCAUACGUCUACACCCACGGCAUCAGCAAGAGGGAGGCUGAGGCCGAUCCUGAGCCUCAUAUGGAGUUUAUGGUCAUGGCCUUUAUCGCCCUUAUAGCUUUGGCUUCUAUGGACCUUAUCGUUACGGAUACUAGGGCAAGGGACUUCAGAAGCCAGAACGAAAAGGUUCCUACCAAAUCUACAUUAAAUAAAUUCAUCCACCGAGAGAUUUCUGGAUCCCCCAUUAGCAAUACAAUAGCAUUAAAAAUUAUGAUUACAUGUAUUUUUGAAUAUGCAUCUGUUAGAUAUGAAGAUUAA